GUUUUAGUAUCGCCGAACGCAAAUGGGUUGGUGACCAUUUGAUGGAGGCGGCGAGACCACGGAUGCUUCUUGUUCUGCUCUACAUCACAACCGUCAAUCAUGUAACGGCUACACCCUGUUCAUAUCGGAAUCCACGUGCGGAGGACGUUCUGUUGGAAGUUCCCAUCGGAAGCACCCGUGCUCGAAGGGCUAUCACCCCUAAGCAGAGGACUUUUGAAGCGUUGCGUAUCUACCUGCACUACGAUGAAUCUGUUCUAGAACUGCCUGCUGAAAAGCAAUUGUUUGUAAAUAGUUCACUUCUACCCGAAGCUGCCGGUUAUUGGGAAAACGUGCUACGGGUCGCACGGAAUGAUGCGCCGAUCCGGUUGCGGAGAAAGUGUAUCUCAUCAUAUUAUUACUUUCGUAAUGAGAAGAAGACCGUAGCAUGCGAUAGAGGAUGUCGAGAAUGGACCACAUGUGGUGACGCGGUCAUUCCUCCCGAGCAUUUACUGGAAUGUUCAUACUGCCUAAACUCGGAUGAUUGCUACACGACUGGUGAAAAGGGACAAGGGGUCAAAGAUGCAGACUUCGUCUUGUAUGUGACAGCCAUCUCUACAAAACGAUGCGAUAGCGCAGAUACUCUUGCCUAUGCAGCGCAUUGUCAACAAGAGGCAGAAUUGGAUAGACCUGUUGCCGGUCACGUGAAUCUCUGUCCUGCAGCGCUAUCCACACAUCGUCAUGAUCGGGAAAUUCUGCUGUCAACCGUAAAACAUGAGAUUCUGCAUGCUCUAGGAUUUAGUGUAGGAUUAUAUGCGUUUUUCCGCGAUGAAAAUGGAAAACCUAGGACAAGAAGAAAUCGCUACGGGAAGCCAAUCUCAUUGAAUAAGGAACUGGGCUAUUAUGAAUGGGACCGUUCCACAAUUACAACGAUACUUCGGCAAGAUUGGUGGACAGGAGAAGGGAAGGUCAUUCAUCCCGUGCACAUGAUGGUCACGCCAAGAGUACGUGAAGAGGCUCGGCAGCACUUUGCUUGCGAUGAACUCGAAGGUGCAGAACUGGAGAACCAAGGUGGAGACGGAACUGCGUUGACACAUUGGGAAAAACGAGUGUUUGAGAAUGAAGCCAUGACCGGUACACAUACGCAGAAUCCGGUGUAUUCACGGUUAACAUUGGCAUUGUUAGAAGAUAGUGGCUGGUAUAAGCCUAAUUAUGAGAACGCUGAGGAGCUGCAUUGGGGACGAAAACUUGGAUGCGAAUUUGCUAUGAAGAGUUGCGGUGAAUGGAUCAAUAACAAGAUCGAAAGAGGAGAGAUGCCGACUCCAUUCUGUAAUGAAAUUAAACAUGAUGGAAAGAAGUCCUUAGCUGUUACCAGGUGCACUUCUCAACGUGACUCGCUGGCUCUUUGCAAUUUGGUACCAUACAGAAAGGAACUCCCAAAACAAUUCCGAAAUUUUGCGAAGAUUGAAGGAGUGUCACCUGAUGGCGCCAAACACUAUGGGGGGUCUGUCGAGUUGGCCGACUUCUGUCCUUAUAGUCAGGAAUUCGAAUGGAAAUUGCCCAACACUACAAUUAGACGUGACUCUCGUUGUGAGCUGGAAGGAAACAAUCGCGAAGGAGAAGAUAUUUUAGAGGUUUAUGGAUCGUCUUCGCGAUGUCUUGAUUUCAAGCAGCCAUGGCGAGAACGAAAAUGUGGUCGGGUCAGAUCCCUUUCGCAUUAUAUGGCUGGUUGCUAUGAGCAUCUCUGUCAAAAUGGCACACUUUUCAUAGCUGUUCAUGAUUCGCCUUUAUACCCAUGCUAUCGAGAAGGACAACAUGUGCAUAUUAAGAGGAUUACUGAUGGUUGGCUGCGUGAAGGUGUGAUUGUUUGUCCAGCUUGUGAAGAGUUUUGUCCGCAAUGCAAAAAAAUGGAGAUGGAAGAGGAGGAGGAAUAUAUAGGUGAUCCCGAUCUGGAUGAGCCAUGUGCUAGCUCUGCAAUGUUACUAUGGAUCUCGCUCACUGCAAUGCUCUUCAGAAACCUAGAUAACAUAUUUUGAAUACCAUCAUCAGAUCUGCCCAGAACAAAGCACUUCGAGAAACUCUCAGAUUGGGGUUUAGUGCUUGGGAACGCUUCUAAAUCUCGCAAUUUAUAAGAAUCGACGAUGUAUCUCAUAACAUCGCUCUUUCGACAAGUCCGGGUCGAUUACGAUUGCCUUGUCCUUUGAUUUGAUUGAAGUGAUCUUCUAAAUCUAACCCAAGGUGCUCAGAAAAUCUUUAUUCAGUUGAUCGUAUAAGUCACAGCUUCUCGAUUUUCACCUUUUUGAAAAAUCUGAGCUCCACUCAAGAUUGUAUGAACAUUUUCUGUGAUCUUAUCCCAGACUUGUAGGCACUUGACCUAUUGAAGAUAGAUUUUUCACUUUUUGUUUGCGGUGUUGAAUGUGCACGGGUCGUUUUGACACUUAAUAGGCGAACGCAGUAUAUGACUUUCAUCAAAUUCUAUAUCUUUUUGUUAGGUUUUGACGCUCUUUAUCUCCUUGCAUGGCAAAAUAGUCUUGUCCGCAUAUGUGGUGUGAACAUACCGGUUCUCUGUGCAUUGUAGAAUUCUACGUCUUUGUUGUAAUGCUCUAGGUUCCUUUGUAUAUGGCCGAGAUAAAUAUUGACAU